GACGUAUAAAAUAAAAAUCUGUUCUUGGCGAAGGGUUUUAUAAACUCAGGUUGGUUUCUACAGCGUCCAAAAUGUAGAGGGGCAUUUUGUCAUCUUCCAUCUUUCAUUCUUAUUGAUCUUGCUUUGUUCUGUUUUGAUGAUCCUCAUUUACGUGACGGGCACAAUUGGGCUAAAGAUUUGGCAUCUAAGUAGAUAGGCUUUGAUAGGUGUCUUUCUGAAGCCCUGUAGCAUACCGAGAAGAACCUGUGCAUGCUCUGCACAAACUGCAGUGCUUAUCUUAUGGUCUAGAGACAUCUGAAGAGCCAGAUUGUCAGUGCAGUAUAUGUGAAGGCCUUGAAGAGGGGGCCUUGAAGUGAGAAUAUGGCUGCGAAUUAAGUGUGGAAGAAGGAACCAUGGGAACGAUGAAGAAAUGCCCACUGUUUUGACCUCAGUGAAUUCUGGAUUUCGGAGCUUCCUGAGGCGAUGGAAAAGAUCAUGUAGGAUGCACACCUGAGCUGAUUCUGCUGUCUUCUGCUGUCCUUCAGUCCACGCAGUGUCAUUAGGCAGCAGUGUUACUGGAGCCUGCAGGCCGAUGGAUGAACAGGACAAUGAUUUUAAAGAGCUGUGGAAGAAUCUUUUGGGUAAAGGGAAGAAAAAAUCUGAGGAUGCUGAGGCAGCAAAGAGGGUUCAGAAAAGAUCAAAGAAUACUGCAGCAAAAAGCAGAUUAAGAAGAGGCAAAGCUACUGCUAAGAGCCAAAACCAGCACCUCUUUCCAGCAGCAAAGCAAAAAAGCUUGCUUCAGGAUUUGGGUCCUAAGUUACAAACACUGGAGCACAAAGCAGACAGUGACACUGUGGCCUGCAGUAGUGGUGAGACCUCAGAAGGGGAUGGAAGCAGAAGCCCUUUCCCUGCCAGCCAGCUGAGUACCACAGGCAGUGAUUGUAGCCAGGGGACUCUGACAGUAAAUGCUCGGAGUGGUUGUUCCCAGACAACGUUGUCUUUCCUUCCUGCUACACAGCCAGGGACCUGUUCUUCACCCACCUCAAAGAUACCACCUCUCACAGGCUCAAAGAUGCGGGUGGCAGAGCUGGUAGUGGAGAGAAUGCAGCAGUUCAAGAGAGUGGCACCUGAUCAGCUAAAACACAGCACAGAUUGUAGCUUGCCAAAGUCCUUAACCAGCGGAGAUUUUGCUGGUGAAAGCCAAGAGCAGAACUCAGCAGAGAAUGAUCUCCAUGAUCUUCAAUCCAUGCAGCAUGACAGUGCUCUGGCUUUGGCCCUUCAGCAGGAAACACAGAAGGAUUCUCUGGAAAGCCUGGAGGAUGCAGGCUUGUUCUUCUGUCAGAUCUGCCAGAAGGAUCUCUCAGCUAUGAACUCAACGCGACGAGAGCAGCAUGUUAACAGGUGUCUGGAUGAGAUGGAAGAAGCACAGAUGUCAUCCUCCAGCAAACCAGCAGUCCCUGAAUGUCCCAUCUGUGGGAAGCAAUUCCAAACCCCCCAAAGCCGAGUCAGUCACUUGAAACGCUGUGCUGUUGAGAUGGAUGUUCCUCCUAAGAUGCUUCUUCAGGCAGUGCAGAUGCAGGUGUCCAUGCUUGGUGAGGCACCUCUUCAGUUUCCCAGCAAUCAACCAAGCAGGUCAAAGCGAAAAGUCUCCUCCAAAGAGGACUCAAAGAACAAGCAGAAGAGGGCAAAAAUGGAGACUAAGGAUGAAGAUUUGCUGGUUGCUAUGGCGAUGUCACGCUCUCUGUUGGAGCAAGAAAAGCAGGAACAAGCAAAAUCAGUUACAAAUGUGAAACCAGUGACUGCUUUGCCAAUCAGAUGGAAGCCAGGAUCAGAAAAAAGACGACGUAGAAGAGGCCCAACUACCCCUCCACCAUUACUGCUGCAGGAUCCAGAGAAGGUGCGCAGAAGGAUAGAAGAGAGGGUAGCUAUGCUGCUUGCACAAGAGGUGGAAUUCCCUCCCACUCCUCAGCUUCCCACCAGCAGGAUUUUGGAGGUUGAAUCUGGGAAAGCAGCCUGGCUCUUGCCAUUGCCCAAAAACAAGGACUGCUUUUUGUGGAAUUUCAGUGCUCUGACAGGACCCUGUGACCCUGAAUCAUUCUAUGCUGCUGGGUUAACCCCUCCAAUUGAACCUUGGAAGCCUGUGCAGAAUCAUAAACCAGAGGAUGCUCUGCCAUCAGCAGGAUCUGAUCAGCCAAAAGUAUCCCAGCAAAUUCAGCCUGACUUUGGUUCUCAUGAGUCUACUUGUAGAGAGGUUAGAGACCAAACUUGUGAUGAAUUCAAGUCAUGCCCUGAAGAAGAUGGGCAGAUUUUAUCUCACAGCCAGAAGGAUAUUCAGAACCUGCAGGAUCUAGUUGAAUUGGCCAGGGAAGGACUUACCCUUACUCAGUGGAACCUUGAUAUUGGCCAUACUCAUGCAGCAGAGCAGGCAGAACUGACUUCCAGUGAUACUCCAUGUACUGGUUUUGUCCCUUCACUUGAAGAGAAGAGAUUCCUGACACGCAGCUGUAAGAAAUCCUCCCUGAGGUCACUGGCUGAAGAUUUCAGUGCAAUGGUCAACAACCCCCACUUAAGUGAUGUCCAGUUCCAGGUGGACUCUGGGGAAAUCCUUUAUGCCCACAUGUUUGUGUUGUAUGCACGGUGUCCGCAGGCCAUUCAGACUGUUCACAGUGAAGGGUUCUUAGUGGAGGAGGAUGGGAACGCACAGAUACACCGUGUGCUGCUGAGUGAUGUGACAGGAGAGGCAGUCUGUGCAUUCCUGCGGUACCUUUAUGCUGCUGAUGCUGACAUCCCUGCUGAGGUGGUGCCCCAGGUGGGGGCUCUGGCUGCCAGGUUUGGCGUGAGGGAGCUGAUGGCAAACUGUGAAAAUAAUACUGGAGAGAGUCAGGUGUCUUCUGGAGUGGAUUCAGAAUGUGAUCUGAUCUCUGUGACAGAUGACAAAGAUUGUGAGGACAGAGCAGAGAACUUCCAAGACCUCUUGAAGUCUAUGUGGGUGGGUGAAGAUGAGGAAGAAGUAGCUGUCCUCAACCAGGAAUGCCAGAAGGAAGAUGACAAUGCAGUGGGUGAGCAGGAGCUGGAAGAAAUCUAUGAGUUUGCUGCAACUCAGAGAAGGAUGAUUCAAGGUAAAACAACACCGAGUGAAGGAACUGACUGCAGCAUGUGCAGUGAGACUGAGGCAGCCCAAGAUAUGAACCAGCAAACUGAGGAGGAAGAGGUAAAGAGAUCUGUAUCUUCUUCAGUAAGCAGUAACUUCAAGGAUUUAAGGGAAAACAAUGAUGUGGAAAUAUCUAGAUGUGACUUAUCUGCAGAAAAAGAGAGAAUGCAGAAUAUAAAUAGAUACAGAAGCGUGAAUGCUACACACAUCACUUCUGUGCCUCACCACAGAGAACCUCAAAAGAGGGAUGUAGCAUCCCAUGGUGCCACCACUGAUGAAGAAGAGACUAUAAGGAGAUGUGAAGGUGGAAAGGACUCCAGGUCAUCUCAGGUUUCACACGACGUAAAAGGGGAAGAUCGCUGUGAAAAAGAGUUUCUUAGCUUUGCCACUGAUACUAAAAUAAAUGACAGUUAUGAACACUUAUUUUCUGCAACUCAGGGAGAUUACUGUGAGCCUUCCCCAACAAAAGAAGUUAGUAAAGUAUCAGAAGAGGCUCUUGCUGAAAAACACGUUGAUGUCAAUGAUUUUCAUCUGCACAGCGAAAUACAGAAAGACUUUUCUCCAUGUAAAAAUGGUUCUUACAGGAGUCCUCCUUCCAAAUCUUUUGUGCCUCUUUUUCCUGUUGUUGGAUCUUCACCUCUGUCUCCAAAAUCAGACAGAAAGCUUACGAGAGAACAUAUGUCAACACCAAAACAAAAAAAAAAAUCAUUCCCACCUGAUGAAAUUCUUUUUCAGAAGGCCAGUGAGCUGGAGACUGCAUCUCCACCAGAGCUUCCCAACAGUGAUUUAAACAAGCAUGUCCCAGUGUUCUCAGCACCAGUUGUCAGAACUCAGGAUCCUGCAGCUCAGGGGAGCAAGAAGGGUGAUGUUAUUGUUUUAUCUUCUGACGAUGAAAUGGAGUUAGAAGACAAGAAGUCACCAGAGUCAGGCCCUGUUCUGAAGAAAGUGGAAAGCCCUCAGCAACUGAAAUGUACAAAUAUAGGACGUGGUCCUGAAAUACCAAAACCUGAGCAUAACACAUCACUCACUGAAACAGAGCAGAGAUCACUGCAGAUCUCACACGUCGUUACAGAUAAGGUGCACGUAAGUGAUGAUGUAAAGAUGUCCACUGAGUUGCCUCCCAGUAGCCACGCAGAUACUUGUACAGAGGGUGAGCAGAGCCCAGAGAAGAUGCUCAGUCACGAAGUGUCUUCAGGUACAGACAGCUCCUGGCUAGUGCCUGACACACCAGUUCAGACCAAAAGCAGAAGUUCCUCGACACGGACACACGUCACAAGUAUUAACUCUUCCAGGAGUCCAGAAUCUAAAGUCAGCACAAAAAGCCUAACAGCUGAUAGAAGUAACCAUGAAAUGGAUGGAAAAGUAACAGAAGUUCAUCAAGCAGCGUUGUCAGACAGACAUUUGCCUGUGGAGAACUGUGUCAGUGAAAGAAAUCCUUCCAGCAGCCCAGAAGCAGGAUCAGUUUUUGAGAAAUCUGUACCACUUUCUUCAGUGGAUCCAGUUCUCGCCCUUGCUCACACCAACUCAAAAAGCAAAUGUGCUAAUACCUCAUUUUUGUCCAAACCUGAGCCUCCUUGCCUUGGGAAGUCAAUGGAAGAUAAAUCAAACGUCAGCGUGGUUGAGAUACAGGACAGUGAGGGGGAGAAGGAAAUAAGUAUAGUGUCUUUGAGCAGUAGUGUCUUGCUUGCUGAUGAGCCUGCAAUUCCUGCUGAUGACUGCUGGCACGUUAAGUAUCUGUCACCAAUCAGAGCUAACAGCCAGGACUCCAGACAGAAUGGCCAUGCAAACACCAGCGCUGCCAGCAGCCCCCAAGCUGACUUUGUGCAUGACCAGUGGGAGAGUCCAGACCAAGCGUGGGAAAUUAAGGGCAGUACUCCUCUUCAAGGAACUCCUGUUGGCAGAAGAACAACUUUGCUCCGUCUUGAAAAGAGCCCCAUUGAGGCAUGUACAUCACGGGGCAGCAGACCCCUGAGCAGUUACCUGAACUCCAAACUUUGGGAUCAGUGGGAUGGAGAAGAGGAGGAAGAUGAAUUUCCAGAGGUGCUUCCUCUGUCACAGAGGGUAUCAGCAGCAGCAGGUGCAGAUCUUAUAAAGACUCCUGAACCUGCCUGUCAAGAGAACAACAGUUCUCCCAGGACUCCAGUGACACCAAUGCCAUCUUACUCCAUGAUGGAGACACCACAGCUGAAGGAGGAGUUGAAAAGAUUUGGAGUUCGUGCUCUCCCAAAACGCCAGAUGGUAUUGAAACUGAAAGAGAUAUUCCAGUAUACUCACCGGGACGGGGACUCUGACUUUGAGGAUGAAGUCCCAUCCUCCCAGCCUCCCCAGAAGAAGUCCCCUGCCAAACGCUGUAGGCAGUCAAAGGCAGCUCAGACUAGAGGUGGAAAGAGUCCCAAAGCCUCGAAGGCUGUGAGCAAAAGGAAGCAGGUUGCAACAGGUUCUUCAGUGCUCCCUGUAGGGAGGAGUGAGGAUGACCUUGUCGGACCCUCUAAAAAAGGCUGUGCAGCACCCAAGCAGAGAAAUGAAAUGAUACAUCAUCCAAAAGGAGACAAAGAGCAGAAAAGGUCAGCUGCAUCUCCAGAAGGAUGGUCUCUGGGAGCUGAUGGUGAGGAACCAAUGCUCUCUGCGUCUCAGAAGUCUACAGCUUCUUCAGGGGAUGGAAGUGACAUCUCUUUCAGUUCACAGAGUUCUUUUGUGAAGGAAUUGGAGGCCUGUGCAUUUGCAUCUGAAGAGGAGGAAGAAGAACUUCCAGCAUCCCAGGCAGCAGCUCGGGAAGAAGAAAAACUGGAGGCAGUGAGGUGCUACAUCCGCUCAAACCCAGCCCUGUAUGACAGGAUUCUCUUCUAUGAGCCUAUUGAGCUGGCUGACCUGCACGCAGAAUUGAAACUGAAUGGCAUUAAGAUUUCCAAGGCAAAGCUGCUGGACUUCUUAGAUGCUCAGUGCAUCACCUUUACCACAGCUGGAGCCCGGAAAGAGAAGGAACAGAAGAGAAAGGGGGGCAGAAAAAAGAGGAAACGAUACUGAAUGGAUCCCACUCCUCUAUCCUGAAAAUUUCCUUCAUGGAGGCCUUCCUCCUAAGGUGGAAACCCUAUUCCAGGCUGGUGCUGGCGGAGGUGGUGUGAUCGGUGGGUGCACUGCUCCUCCUUGUGGCCUGCUGUCCAGAUGACAGCUGGAAAAUGGAUCUGAACUGAGCUCCUGCUCUCAGCAGAGCUUUCCUCUGAGCUGCACAAACUCCUCUUUCAGGAGCCUUUUUUAUGUUCCCUGAUUUUCAUCCUGUGCAUUCUCUUGUCUUUCCAUUUUAGUAGGUUUUAGAUCCCCAGCUUCUCUUCUUGUUGGUGCUUCUGAGAUGUACCACUUCUUCCGGUGGUACUUGCCACAGUCUUUGCCAUGGCCUUGGCCUGAACCCUUCAUGUUCCAAUAUUGAGUGGAAUAACCCAUGUGUGUUUCAUAAGUAGCUGCAGAACAGUGCAGGUGUUUUUCUGGUCUAUUUGUGGUGGCUACAUCACCAGAUGUCAGGUAGGAGCCAUUAAGAUUUGAUCGUUCAGUUGUGUAUAUUCACUUGCAUGCUGAGAUUGGUGCUAAAGACAUUACCAGCUCCUUUUUCUGAGUACUGUUUUACUGUGUCAUUCUAGCUUGACUAUGUUCCCAACAGUGACAUUUUUAAAAAGACUGUUAUGGUGACCAAUGCAUCUCUCAAGCAAUUCUCAUAUCCUGAUCUAAACCCUCUUUGUGGAUCUGUCUUGUCAUUUCCAAACUGGACCGAUAAUGUGGUUGGAAACUGUCUGGGACUCUUGGGGAAGUCUUGGACAUUAAAUAGUCAUCUUAUUUAUUAACUUUUACAACACCUUUGGAUUUUUCUCUGUUCUGGCAGUUCUGAGUCUGCAAGUCUGCAAGUUCUGAGUCUCAGCAAAACAGACACAAUAAUUAAAAAGAAAAAGCUUGAUUUCUGAAUGUAUUUAUGUAUUUGGAACAUACUUUUUUAUUUUAUUAUUUGAUAUAGCACUGCCUUGGUUUUGUUUGAUUUAUAUACAAUAAACAAUUUGGAAGGAAAUAAUGCUAAGCUAUAAGUAAUGUCUUCUGAGGGACUUUUAGGAAUGGUUCUAAGCAGAAACAUAGGGUCUGGUUGAGAGCAGGAGGAGCUCUGCGCUCUGUGCCUUUGCUGAUCAAAACCUGAGCCAAAAAAACUGGAGGAGGAGCAUUUGUGACAGGUGCCCUGCAGCACAGAGAGGUGGACUGGGAGAGAUCACCCUGCACUGGCUGAUGAAUGGUGGAUUGGUGACCUGGAGGGAGACAAGCUGCACGGGAUGUCUCUCCUUGCCCAAAGGUAAGGGAGACUGCAGGGAGGGCAGGAGAAAGUGUGGGGGUCUUCCAAGAGGGACUGUAGGGAUGGGUCUGGCCUUGGGGGGAGGGCUGCAGGGGAGGGGGAAAUGGGUAACUACAGAGGGCCUGUGACCUUCCUUCUCUAUCAGGUGUUGCUGUGGCAUGUGUGAUGGCAUAGGGACUUUCAAGCAACACUUUCUGCCAUCUCUUGUGAAUUUUCAGGAAUUUGGGGUAGUUUUCUUCCCUGGUAGUCACAUCACUUUUGCUCCCCCAUCUUCUUGUGCAAGAGCUGCUGUGUGAUGACUUUAUUAGAUAAAAAGACCGAGGCUUGCCUUUUAGAGGCAAUCUAGGAAAUGUUCCCUUCAAUGUACCAUGUGUUUCUCCCAAGCAGGUACUUCAUAUUCAGAAAAAACUUCAGUGAUACUUGUUGGUCUUAAUAUAGGAAAAUAAAUGUGAUUCCUUCACAGCUUUUUUUGCUGUUCUUAAGUAGGACUUACAUUUAUGAUCAAAGAUUCUGCAGCCAAUUUUUUGUUGUGUCUUGACAUUCAGUUGAUGCAGUGUCACAUUUCCAUACACAUAAAUUACAGCUGUUCAAAUAUAAGAAAGAGCACUGUGUCGUAAAUCAUUGAGCAUGCUAUGAAAAAAAAAAAACAGAAUUUUGGUCCCUGGCAGUGUCUCCAACCUCCUGUCUUUGGCAUCUGUAAACUUUGCAGUUUUGUCUAAUGUGAAAAGAUAAUUUUCAGUAUCUUGUCUGUGCUGUCAGGGUUUGGAGAUAACCAUUUUGCAGAAGCUUGCCACAAUGCUUUCUUGUUUCUGAAGCUGAUGAAAUGUCUCUUCAAGUUCUAGAAUUUUUCUCAGAUGACAGAUAAAGGAUUUGAAGUCUUUUGCAGCCUUCAAGAUUACGAGGACGUAUCUGACACGCACUGCAAAUUUUCUGAAAGCCAUUCAUUAUUCAUUUGCCUGCUCUGUUAAUCUGUAAGCAAAGUAUCCAUCCCCCAGCUAACACUGGUGUUACCAUCUGCCAGUGAUAAUGUGUUGCCAGUUUGAUUUGUAAGUAUUCCUGUGUGUCUUACAUACCCAGUGCAGGCUUAUACUCUGUCUUAGAAAAUCCAUUGUCAUCAUUUUUUUGUUUCCAGCUGCAUAUUAGCAGCUAUGAAAAAUAUUCUGUUUGUGUUAAUGCUUUCAAGGGCACAGAAAAAAAAUACCUUUUCAACUUGGGUUUUAAUUUAUUUGAUUUUAUUUAUGUUAAAAGACAAGCAGAUAUUACUGGCAUUGCUCAAACCUGUCUGCAUGAGUGCUGAAUGAGCUUUGGAAAACACUGCUUUUAAAUUCCCUGUGGCAUCCAAAUGGUGUGUAUGAGGGAUUUCUGGAUAUUCUUUUGCAGCUACCAUGUUGUUUUCUGUAUUGUCACAUUUCCUGCUGGAAAGAAAAAAAAAGUCUGAAAAGGUUUUCUUCUGAAAAGCUGUGCUGCAGAUGUUUAUGUAAUAAUCUUGUAUAUGAGCACUGUUUCCUUAGAGACGCAGUCCUGUCCACUUACUCCUAAGUCACCUUGUCUCUUAAUGGUAUUAUUCUGCAGUUGUCAUCCAUCACCAUGGCCAAGAGGCUAACUUAAAUAAAAAGCAUAAGAAUAAUAUAAAGCAGAGAGGGGGACUGCCGUGUCUUCCCUUCGUACUGAGCCAACAGACUUCAAAUAUUAUGUUCACAGUGCUAAUGUUUAGAUUUCGCAGGGAUGAUUCUGAGAGCAAUCCUUUCUGCAGCUCCUUAAGGGGACUAGAGCCAUUCUGGAAAUACAUUUCGAAUGCACUUGUUUGCGUUUUGGUGAUAGUUUAAAUUAUUCCUGCACAACAUCUUGUUCAAAAGCAUUGCUGUUUAAUGAAGCAGCAGUGUCUGGGAGAGACCAUGCAGCCUUCAGCAAAGCUGUCUCUGUGAUUCAGCUGCUCUCUCUUUAGGACAGUGUUUCAGAGGUACCUGCAGUAUUCCUUUGCCUGAGUGCCUUGCAUCCUGCUGCUGAGCUGCUCUAGUGCCCAAGCGGUCAUCUUGUAAAGCUUGAACACAUUCAUCUCAGAAUGGAACAUUAACACGGUCCUUGCUUGAGCUCAGUACAAGCCCACCUCUCCCUUUCUUAUUGUACUAUGCAACGCUGAAGGCCACGUCUCCACUCUGGGCACCCAGGGCUCCUUGCAGCCUCACACAGUGCACCCAGUAGGUCCUUAUCUGUCAGCAGGACAUUGAGCCCACGUACAGAUUUCCCAGAUUCUGUUUUGAUCCCCUUUGGAUAAUGUCCUCUUGGAAGGAAUUGGCUGUUAUCAUGCCUUGAAGUUUGUCUUGUUCAUUGAACUUCUGCACUGAAGUGUCUGUAAUGCCACCUAGGGUGGGUGUUUGCUGUUCACCUAACAGAAACCUUCCUAGAAAUGUUCUUUUGUGCUAUUUGACUUUUCAUUUUGGAAGAUCUUCAGUAAUUUGCACAGUCGAUAGCGUGAGUUUGUGUUAAAAGAUUUCUUAACUACAGAACAGUUCAGAGUUGUCACUCAGAUUUGGGCAGAUGAAAAAUAACCCC